UCUCUCUCAUAUUUCCUUCACAGCAGAGCAGGUCGGCGCAGCCAUUCUUGGCCUUGAGCAAAGCUGCCACCUCAAGCUCUCCCGAUCCUUUCUCACAGGAGUAGCAGAAAAAUGCAGCACGCCAUCUCUCUCUUCCCUUCUCCACUGAGUCCAGCAGAGGAGCAACCAAGCAGGCAAAAGCAAAUUGCUCUCCUCCUCUCGGUGGCUUCACCUGCAAGGCAUGCUCCACAGGCAUAUACAUGCACACAGCACACACUCGAGCAGACAGCCAUAGCAGCCACCCUCUCACUCCUUGCUCUCUCUCUCCACUGCUUGUUCUUCACUGAGCGCAAGCAACAGCAGCAGCAGCCCAUCUCUUCUGCUGUCUCGGCCACGCGCAAGCAGCUCAGCAGCAACAGCCAUAGCUCUCUCGUGCUCUCUCUCUCAGCAAAACGACGAGCAGCUCCUCCCUCCUGCUCUCGCGGCCACGCAGAGCUAAAGCUAGCACCUUCUUCCCCGAGCCGGCGCUGCAGCAAGGCUCCACCGCCGCCGAGCGAAGUCCGUCGUUGCCCAACCACUCCGGACCUGCAGGAGCUUGGAGCAGCCUCACCGGACCGAGCCACUUCGAGCUCACCUGCCACGGCGCCGACCGCCGGUUCUCCAACCUCAUCGUCGAUCUUGCUGCUGCGAGCCCUCCCUGACCCGUCCAAUCCCGCGGGAACUUCGACCCGGCGAACGAGGCAAACGAGGCUGUCCCCGAAGGUUCCCGCAGUGGUGAUCGUGACUCGGGUAGCUGUGAGCGGCAGCUAGGGCAGCAAGGCAAGCAUCUAUCAUACUGCACCGUAUCUACUUGAAAAUUUAAUAUGUUAUCUACGCUUAAGUAUGCAUUGCAUGUGUCGGGUUCCGAGUUGGGUAGAACCUAUGCCUAUGCAUUCUUCCAUUUCGGUCACGUGUCAUGUGUUAUUCCAUUGGAGCCUAGUGGUGUCAUCGCGGUCUAAUUUUAGUUCGCUAUGCUUAGUGGUACUUAGGCU